GACCAUGCACUGACAGUUGAAGUGUUGAUGUAGCUUAUUGUUUCGUUAUUCGUAGUGUGUCAUGGGGCAAUGAUUCUGUAAACAUCCAUCCAGUGCAUUGAGCUUUAAUACUUAAUUAGAAGAUAAUCUGUUUGUUGAAAAGACUGUUGUUCGUGAAGCAAAUCCCCAUCCCUGAUAUUUUGACACUUGACACGUCCUAGUUUCCAACUAAACACUUGUUUCGCCCGUCAAUUCAGUAUUGGAAGAACUCGUUCAGCCAAAUUGAAAGAAGUGAAUUAUUGCGACUUUCCCCAGUAGCGAGAAACUCCUGGUUUCCGCAGCUUUAAGAACGAACAAGCGGAGGUCUAGAAAUGGGUCAAAGCUGAAUUGACUAAAUCCCAUUCAUUGUGCAUUUGCAGUUCUACUGCAAAACCUGAAUGUUUACGUUUCUGUUUUAAACGCCACGUUCUGCUGGUCGUCGACUCUUCAGUCUGGUAUCGAUGGCAUAAGAUCUAGUUUUUCAACCCUGUUUUUGUUGUCAGUAUUAUAUCAACAAAUAAUUUUCUCCAUCUGGGCCGCAGAAUUUUAACGAAGCAAUGGAAGAGACACUUGUCUUAAUUUUCCUCACCAUAGUGAUGUUGGUUGGAUCAUAUUUAGCGGGCAAUAUCCCUCUUGUUGUUAACUGGUCUGAGGAAAAACUCAAAGUUGUGACUAUCUUUGGUGCCGGCCUUUUGGUUGGGACCGCGUUAACUGUGAUAAUUCCCGAAGGCAUAAGAGCAUUAUAUGAGGAUGGUGUCCACCAAGAUAAACCAUCACUUGCUAAACUUGGCACAGGUGCAACUGCUGUAAGUAUCCCGCAGGAGCCCUUACCUCAUAAACAUGAGGACGUUGACGAUCAUUCCGCCACCAUAGGAUUAUCCUUAGUAUUAGGUUUUAUAUUUAUGAUGUUAGUUGAACAAAUUUCAUUACGACACAACUCUGGGCCGGCUUCUAAUAAAAACAUAACUGCAACUCUAGGAUUAGUGGUUCAUGCUGCAGCUGAUGGAGUUGCUCUAGGCGCGGCUGCGACCACUUCGCAUCAGGAUGUCGAGAUGAUAGUUUUUCUGGCGAUCAUGCUUCACAAAGCCCCAGCAGCAUUUGGACUUGUGAGCUUCCUUUUACACGAAGGUGUGGAGCGACAGCGUAUUCGAAAGCACUUAGCUAUAUUUUCGCUAUCAGCACCCUUACUGACGCUGCUUACAUACUUUGGAAUCGGGCAAGAGCAAAAGGAAACUUUGAACUCCGUGAAUGCAACGGGAAUUGCUAUGUUGUUCUCAGCUGGAACAUUCCUUUAUGUAGCCACGGUGCACGUUCUGCCAGAACUAACACAAAGUUCGCACAGCGGUGGUCAUCAUGGGCGGUCUAGCAGUUCGUCGACAGCGCACUACAGCCAUUUAGAAGAUGGAACAAGCGCAUCAACGAAAGGGUUUUCAGGCCUAAGAAACACUGAAUUGUUUAUCAUGGUCUGUGGAGCUUUAUUACCACUUAUUAUAACAUUGGGACAUCAUCACUGAAAAGUGACAAUUAAUGCAAUUUACCAGUUUUUUACUACUCAGUUCGCUCAUAUACUGGAUUCCGAAUGUGAUGCAUAAUUUUGGUAAAUGACAUCCAUGGAUCUACUUUAAAUGUCAUUAAGUUUAAUAAAGAUUAUUUGUAAUA